AUGAACGGGCUGCACACGAGGAUGAAGAGACCCUUCAACCUCCAGACCUGCCGCAACAUUUUCACCCGCAGUGGAAGAACCGACAUGGAUGAAGAUGAUGACGAUGGACCUCCCAGCACACAUGGACUCCAAGUCCAUGAAAUGCAUGUUGACUGCAUCAGCAACUCCCAUGACACCUCCCCCUGUAGUACUCCUACCAAGCCCUGCUCUCCCCUCAUGUGUCCUCUUGGAUUCUCUGGUGAGGAUCAGGAUCCACAGGUCCAAGCAUCAGAUGCUGGCUUGCAAAGCACCCAACCUCACACCUACCUCUUUGCGGGUUGGGCCCACAUGGCGACAGCUCCAUGCAGUUCUUUCGGGAUGGCCAGGUCCCUGAAGGCCUGCAAGGUUCCCCUUCCCAGAGAUGAAGAGGAGAUGGAGAAGGAUGUCCAGAACUGUCGUGGACUAUGGUUGUUAGGUCCGGAGGAGCGCAGGGCUACAGGGGGUGCUAUAGAGCGACUGGGUUUAAAACUGCUGGAAAACCUUCCUUUUGAUCCUCAGCAGCCAAACAUCAUCUUAUCCCCUCUCAGCGUGGCCCUGGCUCUCGCCCAGCUUACUUUAGGUGCUCAAAACGAGACAGAACAGCUUCUGCUGAACGGCCUUCAUGCAGACAGUCUGCCGUGCUACCAUCACAUACUGGGAGGUCUUCUACCUCAUUUCAGAAACACAUCACUGGAGGUGGCAACACGCAUGUACCUGAGGCCAGGAUUUGAUGUGAAGUUGUCCUUCGUGGAGGAGUCUCUAGCCAGAUACCAAUCACAACCCGUCCCUUUGGUCUCCGUGGAAGAGGUCAACCAAUGGGUAGAGAACGCCACCAAUGGUCACAUACCGAACUUCCUGGAAAGUAUACCGCAUGAUGUGGUACUUAUGCUCAUGAAUGCUGUCUACUUCAAAGGUGAAUGGCAGACAAGAUUUGACCCCCAAGCAACCUCAAAGGGAGUUUUCUACCUGGACAACCAGAACUCUGUGUCAGUGGACAUGAUGAAGUCUGCUCAGUACCCUCUGCGUCUGCUUGAAGAUCCAGAGCUGGAAGCACAGGUUGCCAGUUUUCCCUUCAAAGCAAACACCAGCUUCUUAAUCAUCAUGCCACUGCCGGGGGCAAGAAACAUUUCAUCAGUGCUUCCAAAACUGAACAUCUCCGACCUUUACAGACGUCUACCUCAGGAAAAAACGAUGCAGGUCAACCUACCCAAGGUGAAGCUGCAGUAUCGCAAGGAGCUUGAGGAUGCACUGACCAGAAUGGGCCUUGGUUCUUUGUUUUCAGGUCCGAACCUUUCUGGGAUUUCUGACCACCCCCUGAAGUUGUCAAGUGUGCGCCAUGCAAGUACUGUAGAGCUCAGUGAGGAAGGUGUGGAGGCGUCCGCCACAACAGUAAUUACGUCCAUGCGCUCUGUCUCACUUUUCUCUGUCAACUCCCCCUUCCUCUUUGCCCUUGUCGACGACGCCUCCCUGACGCCCCUUUUCAUGGGCAUCGUUACAAACCCUGCCCCUGACAACAACCCCAUGCCCAAUGAUGAUCCUCAUGUUGGCAACGGCACCCUGAGUGACCAAUCUGCAACAGAGAAUGUUGAAAGUGACAUUUUUACCGAUAGCAGCAACAGGUCGUGCAGUGGGGUAGAGCCAGCAGAGGGCGGCAUUCUGCAGUCAUGUAGCGCCCCCACUGGUGACAGGGAGCAGCAUGGAAAUGGACUGGAGAAAGAACAGCGAUAAAAAAAGAAGUAGUACCAAUAUGAAACCUGUUUCAAGUCAAACCACUCUGUACUUGCCCCGAGUUUGAAAACCUUGUUACAUUUUGAAUAGAGUUAACAGAUAUUGAUACCACUCUGUCUGCCAGGUAAAUACGAAGCUACAGCCUGCUGGUUAGCUUAGCAUUUAAACUGCAAACAGGGGAAAUAGCUUGCCUGGCUCCAUCCAAAACAAAAUCUUCCUAUGAGCCCAUCUUCAGAUCAGAGCUAAUUUGAUUGACCUGUAUGAAAACCAGAUUCUAAAAAUGUAGGUUGUUGUUGUUUUUGUUUUCCAUUUGGGACUUUUUGUUGUUGAAGCCAUAGACUCUAGGAAGUGGAGCCAAGUGUGAUGUUACCCGUAUGGUUCGAGCUUCUAAAGCCUUCAGUUUAGCCAUUGCCAUCUUGCAUCUUCAAGCCAAAAUUGAGCCUAUAAUAAUAGGGUUGAUUUAUUAUCACACUUAUUGAGAUAAACAGGUCACAGUGGGAUUAAUUAUGUUCCCGUUGUUCAGGGAAAUGGAAAUUUUAACUGAAGUAAGUUAAAAGUAGGCUGUUUUUCCCAAAACCACAGUACCACCAGUCUCCUUGUAGCAACCAGUGGAGUCACCCCUGCUGGCCAUCAGUGAGAAUGAAGCUUUAAGGCACUACUCAAUUCAUUGGUUCCAGCCAAGACUCCCCUUUCCAUUUACAUGUACAAAAUAAACACUGAAAUUUCUUUAGUUAACCUCCGUUGAACUGAUUCUGUUGAGUCUCAGUUUAACUGUAAACAGUAAGUUCCACAGAGGCUUCACUCUGGCUUCCUUCACUGCUAUGAACC